AUAUAAGGAUCGGCAGAUUUCACAUGCAACAACAGAACUCAGAGUGCGGUCAACCAGUGUGGAUCUAUCUGCAACCAACAGACAUUUUCCUUCCUUAUAAAAACGGACAGGAAGAGAAGAGAGAGAAUGGAGAUGGAGCCGACUGACAGUCCUUAUGAGUACUACGACUACGAGGAGACAGAAAACUCCACCAUGUGUGACUAUUCUGAGUGGACCCCGUCAUACUCUGUCAUCCCCGUGCUCUACAUGCUCAUUUUCAUCCUCGGCCUCUCUGGAAAUGGGGUGGUCAUCUUCACCGUGUGGAGAGCUCAGGGUAAGCGGCGAGCUGCUGACGUCUACAUCGGCAACCUGGCCCUGGCUGACCUCACCUUUGUGGUCACUCUGCCUCUGUGGGCAGUUUACACAGCCAAGGGCUACCACUGGCCCUUCGGAGUGGCCCUGUGUAAGAUCAGCAGCUAUGUGGUCCUGCUCAACAUGUUCGCCAGCGUCUUCUGCCUCACCUGCAUGAGCUUCGACCGGUACCUGGCCAUCGUCCACUCUCUGUCCAGCACCCAGCUGCGAACCCGUGGCCACAUGAGGGGCUCCCUGACAGCCAUCUGGCUGCUGUCUGGUCUCCUGGCUGCCCCGACUCUGAUCUUCCGCACGACCAAAGACGAUCUAUCCACCAACCGCACAUCCUGCGCCAUGGACUUCAGCCUGGUGGUGACAAACAAAGGGCAAGAGAACCUGUGGAUCGCCGGUCUCAGCAUCUCCUCCUCAGCUCUGGGCUUUCUUCUGCCUUUCUUGGCAAUGAUGGUGUGCUACGGCUUCAUCGGCUGCACCGUCACCCGCCACUUCAACACCCUGCGCAAAGAGGACCAGCGCAAGAGGAGGCUGCUGAAGAUCAUCACCACGCUGGUAGUGGUGUUCGCCGCCUGCUGGAUGCCCUUCCACGUGGUGAAGAGCGCUGACGCCCUCUCCUACCUUGACCUGUUUCCCGCCACCUGCACCUUCCUGCGCUUCCUGCUGCUGGCUCACCCGUACGCCACCUGCCUGGCCUACGUCAACAGCUGCCUCAACCCCUUCCUUUAUGCCUUCUUCGACCUGCGCUUCAGAUCCCAGUGCCUGUGCCUGCUCAACCUGAAGAAGUCCUUGCACGCGAGCCCCGCCAGCUCCCUGUCCUCUCAGAAGACAGAGGCCCAGUCUUUGGCCACAAAGGUGUGACGACAGCUGAGGGCCCAGAUGCAUGCUGGGGAAGAGGUGAGCAAUGCAGAACAAUGCAGGUAAAUCAGAACUUAACAGCGCUGGGUGCUUUCUCACAGAUGGUCUGCAGUCAGUUUCAGGGUGCCACCUUUGCUCCCCUCUGACUCUGUGGACUACUGUAGGCAUUUGACUGAAGAUGGUGGUCAGGCUUGUGGACUCAGGGUCUGACCAUGCUCCAACUCCAGCCUCACUUCCAGUAGCAGGGAAGCAAAACUGAACUACUGAACACAAGGGACCAAGGACAAAAGUGAAGAAGUGGAAUGUAUUUUAAAAGGACAAAACACUUGUGUGUGUCUCUUGGUUCUCCUGUGGACUUUAUGCAAAGUACUGAGCUUUGAACUCUGAAACACUGUCUUCAAGUGUAUCACUCCUGCAUUUGCCCCUGCCGUUCUUGUUUUCAUUUGUAAGCACUUGAGGUGUGAUUUUGACCAGGCUGCCCCGCUCUCCGGCUCAAGCUGUAGUAUCUGCACCACAGCCAGCAGUGUAAAAGUGUGUGUGUGUGUGCGUGUGUAGGAAGGGUGUGCCAGUCGGUGAGAGGUGUUGGAGUCAGAUAAGAGUGUUGUAAGGAGAGACGGGGAUAGUGCGAGGAGGAAGGGUUGGGGGGGAGUCCCAGACAGACAGACAGAUGGCAGCUGGCAAAUGUUUUCAGGCUGGUGGAAGGCCCAAUUAAAAGGUGACUGCUUUGACAGUCUGCCGGUGCGUGUGUGUGAGUGUGUGUCUGUGUGUGAAGGAAUGACUUUGCGUGUUUGUUGAUUGUCUGAAUGACAAUGAAUUUGUUCCCAACACAACAGACAGAUGAAAGCAUUUUGUGAAUACGCAUUAUUUUGAAUUCAUGUCUAUGAUUUGUAAUAAAAAAAAACAAAAAACAAAAAAGUGCUCCAAAAGAACACAAUUAUUCUCUCUCUGGUGUCCUUCUGUUACUUGUGAUAGCUUGUUAAGUCUGGAAUGUAUUUUCUCCUAUCCAGUGAAUGUGCUUCUUCCUGUUGGUGAAUUGCUGAGGGAAGGCAGUCUCCUUCCCAUUGUGUUUUGUGGGGGCUGAAAUCAAAGCAUGUGUCCUGCAGGAAAUGCAUGUUCGACUUCUAUUUCCUUGACCCGGCAUGUUUGUUUCUUCUCCUCUUACAAUCCGCUUGCACAAACAAUCAGUGAGCACAAAAGUUUCUAAAUUGGAUCAAGCACGGGAUAUUUGGCUUUGUCCCGGAGAUUUUAAAGUCUUCCAAGUGUUAAUUACCACUACUUCAGGAAUGUAACAAUAUAUCCCAAAUACAGCUAAAAGACUCUUUUAGUCCCCCAACUAGAGCCAAUUAGUAAUUGUGUAACAGUUACAUGUGUUGUUUUCAGCAAACAGACACUACAACAGGUUGUUGAGCUUUAAAUUGGAAUUCAGUGAUUAACCAUUUCCAACUGUAAUGAGCUUUUUACAGGAUAUAAUCAGCAACAGCAGGGAGACAGAAGGAUUGGACUAAUCCUUGGUCACUGAUUUGUAGUGGGAGUCGACUAUCUGUGCCCAUGUAAUACCUGUGAUGGAGAGUGACUUAGUCUAAAUCAGUUACAAUUACAGAACACUACAGAGAAGCCAUUUCUGGACUAAAUGUGACCAAAGCUGAAUUCCUCAUAGAAGGAAAACUUCUGUCAUGUCUUUAAUCUUGGACAGGUGAAUAUCAGAAAACUAUCCUUGUCAUGUGAAGAGAAAGAAAUGCAACAGCUGCAGCGACAUUUACUCUGCCUCCUUCAUCGCUGUCUCAGCUCUCCUUAAUCUCAUCUGAGACAGGAUGCAAACACAGACAUGCAAACAGAACCUUUGUUAAAUAGAUCUCUGAAUUGAAUCUAGGAAGGUUGUGUGUGUAAAAGACUCAAUUGCAUUCUCCAUAAAACAUGAAAAACUGGGACAAAUAGCAAAUUAAAAAAACACUGUUCGACAGUC